UGUGCCGAGUUUCGGCAAUUCCAGCCCCCUAAACUUUCUAUGACUCCCUUCAAAAAAAAAAAAAAAUACCUUCAAUGACUUCCGCUUUCAAAAAAAGAAAAAGAAAAAAGAAACGUUCAAUGAAAAAGAAAUGCCUAAGCUUCGUAGACUCCAUGCAAAUCGUGAAAUUCUUGAAAAAGGAACGGUUGCAAAUUCCCCAUGAUUACCGCAUCCGGUUACAAAUAAUGGUACAAUUGAUGGUGCCGCUGUUUAGAAUACGGGAAUGGCACCCCAACCCAUGGGAAAGAGAGUUCAGAUCGCUGAAUGCCAGUAGGGCAUGGGGAGAGGCAUGGGGACGACGAAAUGCACUUCCACUUUCCGAGCUUCGUCGAGAUAUUCUAUGUGAACUCCUUCUGAGUGUUCAGAAAGAUGAGUGGUUCAGCGGGGGACGGUUGCAAACCUUACAAGAGACGUAUGGAACGUGUUUCGAAGUUCAUCUAUAUGUUGUCACUAAAAGUUUGGCAGAGUCGGAGAGAGGAUUGGAUGACAUCUCAGAUCUCCUCGAAGCCGCCAAUAAUAAUACUAGUAAUGUACAAAAAACAGUGCUGCCAAUAUUCUACGGUGUUGAUCCCUCCGAUGUGCGACAUCAAACAGCAAGUUUUGCACAAGCCUUCGCCAAGUAUGAGAAAAAGUACAAGGAUGAUCCACAAAAAGUAGAAAGAUGGAGAGCUGCUUUAAGGAAACUGGCAAAUCUCGCUGGCUGGGAUUCAAAGCACUGGCCUGAAGCAAAACUCAUUCGAGAAGUUGUUGAUGAGAUAUGGAGGAAAUUGUAUUCCUCUUUUUCAAAACCUGCCAUUAAAAAUCUGGCAUCAACACCUUCUUGGUCUUCUUCUUGUCGACAGAAGCAUGAUGUAUUUCUAAGCUUUAGAGGGAAGGAUACCCGCUUGAAUUUUUUGGAUCAUCUAUAUGAUGCAUUAAUUCAGUGCAGAAUUUCCACUUUUAGAGAUGACAAAGAUCUUGUUAAAGGAAUGUCCAUUCGCAAACAACUCGAAAAAGCAAUUGAGGGAUCAAAGGUUUGGGUUGUCAUUGUUUCACCAAACUAUGCUUCUUCAAAAUGGUGCUUGGAUGAGCUUUUGAAGAUUCUUGAAUGCAGAAAAGCAUCUAAAGUGGGGAAGAAGAAUAAAAGUUUGAUGAAGGCAUUUGCAGAAUAUGAAGAACAAGCUCAUACUUCGGUGAAUGGAGACAAAUCAUAUAAGGGGGAGGCUAGUUUGCGGAACAAGAAAAAUAUCACUAAUCAUAAUAAAAGGAAAAUGGGUGAGUUGAGACUUGGCGUUAAUUAUGGCGGAAAGUGGGUUGGUUCUGUCUACAUCGGUGGUAGUUCAGAAGAAAUCGUGGUUUCAGAAGACAUUACUUAUAAUGAGCUUCUAGAUCAACUGUAUCAUAUUGUUGGAGUGCAUCCAAAUGAAAAUGAGAUCAAGAUCAGUACGAUCGAUGAAUCAAAAUCACCGGCUUAUCCUGUGGAGAUAAUCAAUGAUGAUGACCUCAAAAAUUUUAUUGAUCAGAGCAUUUCUUCCGAUAUGCAUUUGAAGCAUCCAUUGCAGAAUUCCUCUGGAAGCAGGAGUAUUGAAGUUAGAGUUUUGGUUAACUAUGAUGGGGAGUGGGUGAAUUCUACAUAUGUUGGUGGCAAAACGAAAGGAAUAAUAAUCUCAGAGGACAUUACGUAUCAAGAACUUGUUGAUAGAGUGAGUGGUGUUGUGGAAGUUGAUUCAAAUGAAUAUAAGUUGAUUCUGAAGACUGCAUAUAAAUCAAAUCUACCUACUCAACCUGUGGAGAUAAUCGAUGAUGAGGGCCUUGCAUUUUUUAUCCAAGAUGAGAAUCUUUCACUGAGUAUGAGCUCCAUAUUUACUUUGUGCACUACUCUUGAAAGACGGGCAUUUCCUAAUGGAAGGAUGGAGUCAUCACAAAGUGGUACAACACAUCUUAGAAGAUUUGGUACCUAUCCGAGUUGCGUUCAUUGUGUGACACCUGAUCAGGUGCCUCAUCUUCAUACUCAAGUUGGACCAUCGUCACCAAAUGUGCCUUGUAUGCAGCAGCAGCAACAACAUUCUUACCAACAGAAGACGUUGCAGCCUUGCUACGAGCACUAUCAACCAUCCUUUCAGCAGCCACAACCUCUGUACCAACAACUUCAUUCUUUCUACGUGCAGCAGCAGCCUCAGUACCAACAGCCGAAUCCUUCCUACAUGCAGCAGCCGCCGCCAAUCCAUCAAGUGCCUUACUCGCUCAAGAUGUUCUGGAAUGAUGCAACCCGAAUGUUUCAAGAUUUCAACUUUUGGCAAUUUAAUUUCGUCAUCAUUUUAUUAGGAAAUAUUUUCUAUUUCUUAAGGCUUUGUAGAAAUAAUUAGCAAAGUUUGGUGAAAAAAUUAUUGGAUGAUAAUUAUACUAUGAGUUUUUCUAUUCAUAUCUCAAAAUCUUCUUAUAUGAUCUCCUAUACUUUCACACCU